CAAACAUCACGUUAGGGAAAACUUCCGGUUUCAAUUCAAAGAAACUGAUUACAAUACAUUAAUAAUUAGGCUACUCCGUUCCAGUAGCGAACUGAAACGGAUUCAGGGGCGAUUUUACAUUCCUGCCAGCCUAGCUGUCCUCGGUUCGCUCCAGGAUUGUCUCCUUCAUCAUGGAAACUCCAUUCUACAGAUGGUCGGACGAUGAAGAUGAAGAAGAAGACGAUCUGGUGUGCGAGUAUGAUUCGACCUGGGAGGAAACAGGCUGCGAUUCCGAAGGAAAAAACUCAUGGCGGAACACUGGCUAUAGAGGGAGAAGAAACCUUCGAGCUGCCAAGGACAUGCAAACCUAUCGACACAGUUAUCCAGAGAAGUACCAAUCAUGCUCUUGGGGUCAUCGUACAGAUCUGGACGAGGAGGAGCAAAUGGUUAAUCUCCGGUUCUACCGUAAUGAAAUUCCCUCAUCGCCUGACGACAUGAAAAUCACAGAAUUUCACGAGCAUUGGAAAGGAGACUAUGAAAGACUUGAAUAUGUCCAUUCCUACAUUCAGUGGUUGUUUCCACUGCAAGAAGCUGGAAUGAAUUAUCGUGCCAAGGAACUCACUAAAAAGGAGAUAGAGAAAUUUUGUAAAGAUGAGGAAGCAAAGAAGAGGCUGGUGGAAUCCUAUGAGCUGAUGUUGGACUUCUAUGGCAUACGGCUAGUCGACAAAUCCACAGGAAGGGUAGAACGUUCAGAAAAGUGGGAGGAAAGAUUUGACAACCUCAACCGAAACACACACAACAGCCUGCGGAUUACCCGGAUCCUGAAGAGUUUAGGGGAGCUGGGGUUCAAGCACUACCAAGCCCCCCUGGUUAAAUUCUUCUUAGAGGAGACUCUGAUUCAUAAUAACUUGAAAAAUGUGAAACAGAGUGUAAUGGACUACUUCCUCUUUGCUGUCCUUGACAAGGAUGAACGCAGAAAGCUGAUUGAGUACGCCUUCAGGCAUUACGAGCCCAAAUGUGAGUUUGUGUGGUGCCCAAAAAAGAUUCAACUGUUGUGGGAACAGAAAGAUGUGGAUGAGCAAGACCAAGAAAAAGGUGGCCAAUCAGAUGGAUCUGGGUGUGACAAGAAAAAUGAGGCAAAUCUAACUGAAGACCACUCUGAAACUUCAAAGGCUUUUCAGUGUCAGGCACCAUCAGUCGACCCACUGCAAGAAAGGUCCUCAGUUGAACAGCCACCUCCAGUUAACAAGGAAAUAAACCAACCCAACUUACCACAUUCAGGCAGUCUGAAUGGGGACAGUCCAUUAGAAGGACACAUGCCGGGGCCAGGAGUUGAACACAGUUGUCAAAUCACCGUCAGUCUACCACUGCAAGACUUAGUCAUACAAGAAUCUGCACAAGAAGAAGGGAUUGAGGCAAAGACAGAGAGCAGCAGGGUGCCUGCUGAGAAGCAGUCUGACAGCGAUGACAUUGAGAAUAACUCGACAGCAGAUGACACACCAGCAGCAGAGCAGGGAUCACCACCGGAGAAGCAAAACAAGAAGGAAAUGAUGGGAAUGGAUGAAAAUCCCAAUGACAGUGAUUUUGCAGAGGAGGUGCCUGACUCAGCUAGAAAAAAAGAUGGUCCCUCAGUUAGCAGUAAUCCAGUUAAAGAUGACGAUGUCACUCAUGAAAUAGAUUCUCAGCUAUCCAAGAGUUCAGAGAAUCCCACAGCUGUGGGAGGAGCGAAAGAGAGUCUCAACAGCAUAGGUGAAGAUAGAGAGAGCAAAGGGACAGAGAGUCGUGAACCUGCAGAUGCAGCUGAGAACAAUCUCAGACCCAUCGGAGUGAAUGAAAGUCACCAACUUCAGGCUGAAGGUGUAGAAAGUUACAAACUUGAGGGUGGAGCACUCGAGAGUCCUGGACCAAAAGGAGGAGUGGAAGAUAGUGUCAGCCUGGAAGGAGCUAUGAACCUCUGCAAGCCUGAAGAUGUACCUAUUAUCAGUAACCUGCCUGAAGGUGGAAUGAGCCAGAGUCCAAGACCCGAUGUUGGAGCAGACAAGGAUCAAAGACCAGAAGGUGCAGUGGAAGACACGGCUUCUGGUAAUGAUGCUGGGAAUGUGUCAUCUAAUCCUGAUGAUGUGAAGGCCAGUGACGAUGCCAUGAUAUGCAGAGACCAGGAAAUGGAGACUGAUGAGGACUCCGAGAUGGAAUUGCAAUGAGCCAUGUAAAACGGAUAUCUGUGAGCGAAGCACACCAUAGAUUCCACACUAAAACCUUUGCACAUAAGAAAAAUGUUCAAGUUCUGGUAAAAGAAGAAGCUGUUUUCAAGCCAAAAGAAAAACCUUGCAUCUCAGCAAAUGCCAAAAAGUCUUCCUGAAGCAAUAGUAUAGCAGUAGUACCCAAAAUCAGUCCUGGGGAGCCAUUGUGUAUGCUGGUUUUCAUCCCAACCACAAGCGCAAUCCAAGAAUUCUAACAAGCUGCUGAUUAUUCUUAAUUAGAUGGUUGUCAUGUUCAGAGUGAUUAUUUACCCUCUUAAAUCACAUUAUGUCAGAAAUAGCCAUGCAUGUCAUCAAGAAUAAAAGUCACAUGAUCACAUUGUGCCACACUGCAAUCAAUUACAGUGCGGUGAAAAAGCAUUUUCCCCUGCCUGAUUUCCUGUUAUUGCGUAUUUAUCACACUUAAUGGUUUCAGAUCUUUAGACAUAAUGUAAUAUUAGACAAAGAGAAACUGAGUAAACACAAAACAUGUUUUUUAAGUAUCAUUUCACAUAUUUAAUGAAAAAACGUUAUUAAACACCCAUAUCACCCAUGUCAAAAAGAUUAGAAACCAUCCACUUUGACAAAUAUGCAGUAAUAGAGGAAAUCAGGAAGGGGGCAAAUCAUCUGACAUAAUUAUGCUGACAUAUUGUAACGUGACUUAAAAUGGUGAAUAAUCUCUCUAAACAUGAAAAGCGCCUAGUUAAGAGAAAUUAACAUUUUAAAAUUCUGGGAUUUUUAUUGUGGUUUUUACAAACUCUUCCUUUUAGACUCAGGGUUGCUCUGCAAUAAAAUGAAAUUAUAGUUGGGUGGGAUUAAUAAAAAUAAUCACUGGGCAGUACCAGAUGAGCAGAUAGUCUGAAAUGUAAGUGUCAUUGCUUAUUGUACGUUACUUGUUUCAUAAAACAAAAAUACUGCCCUCUGUUACUUAUACUUGUUGACAGUUUGAAUUUUAGUCACAGAGAAUGUUAUCAGGAAUAACUUAAGUUUAGAAACUUAAGAAAAAGAUAAUUAAGAAAACAUCACAAAUUUGAAGAAUGUACAUUUGUGUUGUUUGAAAAUUUGUACUAUCCUGUAACUGAGUGCACAUCUGUUCUUUGGAUUUUUCGGUCUGUAGUUUCUUAGUUUUUGAUUGUGAUUUUGCUGAAUCUGUCUUCUUUGUGUUGUUGGGUUGACUUGAUUAUUAGAUUGUCAAAUUAAUUUAAGUUGGUUGUCUUUGUCUGUUACAUACAGAUGCCAAAUAUUGAUUCACUAAACAAUUACAACUAAACAAUAAACAAUUAAAUUGA